AUGCUAUCCACUGGCUGGAGUAAGCUGUCAGGAGCUUUCAGUGCAGUUCACGUGCUUCCCAAAAGAGAGAGGACGCCAGAACGAGUCCAGUUUUCAACGAAAUGGUUUCUCAGCUGUCUAGCUAUGUUUGUGAUCUUCAACUUUGUCAGCAUCUUCCAGCAAACGACGUUUAUGUGCCAACUCCCAGCAGUGAAUCUUGUGCGAGUGCUUAACAACGGCGACAAGUUUAUUGACUCUGGAAAGCUGUACUUCAAAGAGAACUACGACGAGGUCAGAAAGGAUAAUAUUGAGCUGUACAACUCGUUAAGCAAAAUAUUUGAGAUGCAAAAGAACUCGUACCUCAAAAGCUACGAUGAGUAUGCACUGAUACUUAAUCCGCUUUUCAUUCUAGAUGAAGCAGAGGUCAGGAUCAAGUUCCAUCCGAUGAAGUAUUACUUCAAAAACAAAAGCUUUGAGUUCAAAAACAGCACAAUUCCUAUUUUAGAAUUCAAACGUGUGUUUGGCCACAACCUAACGCCUCUCAGGGCCUUGCGCCGUCCUCCGCUGCCUUAUUCUUUUCGUCUACAUGAACACCACCAGGAUACCAAUGAGUUCCUCCACAAAAUCGUCUAUCCCAUCUACGAGUCAAGCGGUUACGACAGAACCGAUUAUAGCUUGGACUCGCUUUUAGACUACUCCUUUGUUCUCAAAUACAUCAAUUUCGGGGUGUUUCUAAUUUCACUUAUAUUCUUUGUCGAAGCACUCUCUGUUGUGGUGCCAUAUUCACUCAAGUAUCAUCGAGUCUUCUCGAUUCCCAGGGUGAAUCAAGCCCUAUUCGUAUUGGCAAUCAUUUGCUUCGUCAGCUGCUUUAUGCUGAUGUCUGUCAAUAUUGUCCUUAACUUGAUUCUUGUUGGCAAAGAAUCCAAUGAUAUUGGUGUCGUGAGCACACUUAUGGGAUUUAUCCAGCUAUUUUGGCUUGUCUUCAUUGCGUUCCAAACCAAAACCUGGAUUUGGAAAGUGUACCUCGAAAACAAAUAUCCGUCAUCUGACUACUCUAAAGAAUUAGAGACUCAAGGCGAACGUCGGCACAGUCUUGGCGGCUUUGGAAUUAGACCAUUAAGCUUUGGAAGUAUCAAAAGACGUUUUACCUUGACUUUGAGCCCCACUGAGAGUCCAAAAGACUCUAGCGUUGGGGGAUCGGAUGAACAUGACUUGGACAAACUUUUGGGCCCUCACCUUUAUACUGAGAACUUGCAUGGCGAGUCCAGUACAGAUAAUUUGGGCUCCGAGUUCAAGGCAAUACCGGGACGCUCAAUUCGCUCUAUACGUUCUGCGCGCUCAAUUCGCUCUCUGGGAGUUGCCUCAAUCAGUGAUCGAGAUCCAUUCACAACAGCUUUGCCACACCAACCGGGAAGCACCAAGCAGGAUGACAACAGGAGUCUGAAAUCCUCGCGUAGCCGCCUUUCCAUGCUCUACAACGGCGUCAAAGAGGAGACAAAAGAGCCGGAUAAACCUGAGAAUACCAAAGGCACAGAAAUUGUCAGGGUUGCUUCUAAACCUGAAGGGAUUUUUGUCGAGGACGUCGUCACUUGUUCUAAGGCUGUUGAGUCUGGAGAGGAAGACGGAAACGAUUCUGGAACUGAAAGCGAGCAGUCUUAUGAUGCGGAUUCUAGUGGUUCAAGCCAAAAAAAUGAAGAACAAACCAAUUCCAAAUGCUCGAUCUCCAGUCUCAAGAAAGAGACUACUGUUCAACCCGGUGUGCCAAAAACGAAGGAAAGUGACGAAUUGCUAGUGGAGGAGAAUCGCGAUGCAGAGCGUUCAACAACGAGAAUCUCCACUGCGGCGUCUGAAAGUUUUGAGCAUACUCAGGAAAAAGAGGAUGAUAGCCAAGACAAUGUUAGUUAG